AUGAUUGGAUCUAAAUCUCAUUCUGCUGCUCCAUCAUCAUCUAGUCAAUCCAUAUCUACGUUCUUCACAGUUGAUAUACGAAAUAAAUCACGUGCUACUCGUUUAGCAAAACAUAAAUUGAAAAAAGCUAUCGCAGAAUGUUGUAUUCUAGAUAGUCGUCCAUUUGCACUAGCUGAUGGUCCUGAUUUUCAAAAGAUAAUUCAUGAAACAAUGUCAAUUGGACGUUCAUUAGAAUCGCACACUGGUGUUAAUUUUGGUGGUGUUUCACUUCAUUGCUAUUUCAAAAAAUAUGGUUUAAAAUCUAUGGUGCUUGCUUGUCGUGAAUACGAUUUACCUAAUAGUAAAAGUCCUAAUAUACGUGCAUUUACUGAAGGCAUCUUAUCUGAACUUGAUUUAACAAUAAAUGAAAAUGUCUAUAUAGUGACAGAUAAUGAACCUAAAAUGAAAGCAGCAUUUAGAGACGGAGCCAAAAGAAUUGGAUGCUCCGCACAUUAUGUCAAUAAAAUUAUCGAGCAUUCAUUAACAAGUAGUGAUAUUGGUUGUGAUCUAAUUCAGCAAACAUUUAAUCAAGUCAAAACAAUUGUUACACAUAUUAGACAAACACAUAUACGAACAAAAUUAUCUCAUUCGAUCAAUUUAUUUUCUAAAACCAGCAUUUGUCCUCAACUAAAAGAUGAAUUUUAUGAUGUUUUAAAAGAAGAAAUGAAUGAACGACAAUCACUUGAACCAAAGACACAUACAACAUCUGGUAAACUAACAACAUCUUCAGUUACACCAAAAAGAAAAAGAACAAAUUUACUUGCUAAUUGUUAUGAUCCUGAUCCUGAUCCAUUAGAUGAAGCUAUAUCAAAUGAUGAAACAGAAAUUGAAAAGUACAUAAAAGCAUGUUUCACAUUCGAUUCGGAUACAGAUGAUUUAUUCGACUUUCGGGAUAAACAACAGUAUACUUAUCCACUACUAAGUUCAAUUGCUUUUGACAUCCUUGUCAUUCCGGCAACAAAUACUAGCGUUGAGCGGUUAUUUUCAACUAGCGCAGCAAGUGUUACAAAUAAAAGGACACGAUUGAAUACUGCAAAAAUUGAUAAAUUGAUGUUUCUCAAAAGUAAUUUGACAUUUUUAUCAACAUUUCAUCAUGUUAAUACUAUAAACAGUUCUUCGAUGGAAAAAUUAGUAAACCAAGAACUAUAUGAAAUUGUUGAUGAUUCAAGCAACGAUGAGGAAGACAAUGAAACUAGUAAUAGUGGAAAUAAUUAUGAAGACGAUGUAUUUUGA